AAGCCUGGACGCUGCAGAGGUGAAGAGCCCGGGCGAGACGAUGGUGAAGCAGACGAUCCAGAUUUUCGCGAGGGUGAAGCCUUCUGUCCGGAAAUAUCCACAAGGGAUUUAUUCCAUAGAUGAAGAUGAAAAAUUAACAUCUAGUUUGGAAAUUAUCUUACCUCGUGAUUUGGCAGAUGGAUUUGUGAAUAAUAAGCGAGAGAGCUACAGAUUUAAAUUUCAACAAAUUUUUGAUCAAGAUGCAAACCAAGAGAUCAUUUUUGAAAACAUUGCCAAACCAGUUGCUGAAAGUGUCCUGGCAGGUUACAAUGGCACCAUCUUUGCAUAUGGGCAGACAGGCAGUGGGAAAACAUUCACCAUCACCGGAGGGGCAGAGCGCUACAGUGACAGAGGCAUUAUCCCAAGGACACUGUCAUACAUUUUUGAGCAAUUACAAAAGGACAGCAGCAAAAUAUACACAACACACAUUUCCUACUUGGAAAUCUACAAUGAAUGUGGUUAUGAUCUGUUGGAUCCAAGACAUGAAGCUUCUGGUUUGGAAGAUUUGACGAAAGUGACGAUAUUUGAGGACACUAAUCAGAACAUUCACCUGAAAAACCUGUCUCUUCAGCAGGCAACCACGGAGGAAGAGGCACUAAACCUGCUUUUCUUAGGGGACACCAACAGAAUGAUUGCAGAGACUCCUAUGAACCAAGCGUCAACCCGUUCCCACUGCAUCUUCACUAUUCACUUAUCAAGCAAAGAACCGGGAUGUGCAACUGUCCGGCAUGCCAAGCUUCACUUGGUUGACCUGGCUGGUUCAGAGCGAGUUUCCAAGACUGGAGUGGGGGGUCUGCUGCUUACAGAAGCCAAAUAUAUCAACUUGUCAUUACAUUACUUAGAACAGGUCAUCAUUGCCCUUUCAGAAAAACACCGCUCGCACAUUCCUUAUAGGAACUCCAUGAUGACCAGUGUCCUGAGGGACAGCUUGGGAGGGAACUGCAUGACGACCAUGAUUGCCACGCUCUCUUUAGAGAAAAGGAACAUUGGGGAGUCUAUAUCUACCUGCAGAUUUGCACAACGUGUGGCACUCAUAAAGAAUGAAGCUGUUCUUAAUGAAGAAAUUGAUCCCAGAUUGCUGAUCACCCGCCUACAGAGGGAAGUACAGGAUUUGAAGGAUGAACUGGCCCUGGUCACCCGGGAGCCGAGGACAGAGCCGCUCACAGAGGGAGAACUCCUUCAGCUGGAAAAACAAACAGCAACCUUUUUGGAAGACCAGGAUCCAGAGAGUAGACUAGAGGUUGGCUCCGAUAUGCGUAAAAUUCAUCAUUGUUUCCAUCACUUUAAGAAACUACUGAAUGACAAGACGAUCCAAGGAAAAAGCACUGUUUCCUCUGAAACCAAAGAGCAAGACCACCAAGAACCAAUUAAAGAGGAUGAAUAUAAAAAGCUGCAAGAUCUUCUACAGCAGAGAGAUAAUGAAAUCAAUAUUCUGGUAAAUAUGUUAAAGAAGGAAAAGAAGAAGAACCAGGGUACUCUUCACUCCUCUGGCGCUGAGAGAAGUGACCUGAGACUCUCACAGAAUUCCCCCUUUCCACCCAGGAACCCACAGGGUCUAAAGACACUGUCAUCCUCAGCACCCACGCCCCACCCAGGCCUUAGCCCUUUGGGAAACACGUCCAGUUUGCUCCAAGGAAAAACAGGAGUGAAAGAAGAAAUGUCAUUAGGACGCCAGGAAGCUUUUGAAAUCUUCAAGAGGGACCAUGCUGACAGCAUUACCAUCGAAGACAACAAACAGAUUCUGAAACAGAGGUUUUCUGAAGCAAAGGCCCUGGGAGAAAGUAUCAAUAAAGCAAGGAGUAAAGUUGGCAGCCUAAAGGAAGAGAUUGUGCAGCGACACAUGCAACAAGUAGCUCUGGGCAUCUCAGAAAACACAACUGUGCCGCCAGCACCAGACCCAGUGGAGGAGAAGCUUCGAGCACAGCUGGAAAAGGAAAAGAAAAGCUACAAGGCCGACUUCGUGCGUCUGAAGGCCCUGAAGGUGGAGAUCGAGCACUUGCAGCUGCUCAUGGACAGAACCAAAGUGAAGCUGCAGAAGGAGUUUGAGGACUGGUGGGCAGAGGAGACCACUCGACUGCAGGUCAACCCUCCAGCGACGAAUUCAUUCAGUCACAUGAGAUCUUGUCCCCAAACACCCGAGUUCCAGUCCCGAGGGUCCCGGCCUCUCUCCCACGGAAGCUCUGGAGACCGGGAAGCCUCAGGUCAAGGUCGACCAAGAUACGUUUCCUGCGAGGACCCUCCUGGCGCGCAGACGGCCGCCUUCUCGCUCAGUACCAGUGCCAGGAGGCCGCAGCCCUCGCCGGGUCCCAUCCUGCAGAGCCCGGAGCACAGCCGCCUCCAUGAUCCCCUGACUGGCAGCCUUCCUGAGCGGCCACCAUCCUCCAUCCCUCUCACCGGGGACAGCCAGACGGACUCGGACAUCCUCGCCUUCAUCAGGGCCCGACAGAACAUUCUGCAGAGGAAAUGUUUGGGCAGCAACUGAGUUUCCAGUGAUGGCCCAGCCCGUGUCAGUGGCCACAGACAGAGACACCCUUUCUCCUGGCCCCGGCUUCAGCAGUGACUACAGGCCACUAGCAGCUACCCAGGACUUGGAUUCCAAUGGAGGAGGCUGCACCGCAUGUCCCAAGGGCUCCUGGGAAGGCUGGACCCAAACUGACAUUGCCAUGCUGGCUAGAAGGCUCCUGGCAGGGUCCAGCAACACCGGGCACUAGGCCAGGGCAAGCGAGGGAUUCCGCCCACUCCCACAACUGUGUCUCACAUGGACAAUUGUAAAUGACGGCGCAAUCACAUUCUAUAAAGUCAGGGCAGGAGAUGUGGCACUGGUGGAACACAGGGUCAGUAACAGGCCAUUGCGUCUUAGUACUCGACCAGCUUACUCUCCCCACCCCCGCCCGAACAGAGAAACUCAGGAAUGACUGUGGAAGGCAGGCAACUUCCAAGAACAGGCCAGAGAGAAGUAUGGGGCUUCCUGUUGGCACAUCCCCAUGCCCUAGGCACACUCCUGAUGGCCCACUCACCACACUAGCAUCCUUCCUGUCUCCAGGGACCUCCCACAGAGCCCAAGGCCUGACAUCAGAAAAUCGACCCUGGGAGCUCUGCAAGGAGCUUUUGUGGUUUGGUUUGGUUUGGUUUGGUUUGGUUUGGUUUGGUUUGGUUUGGUUUGGUUUGGUUUGGGGCCACACCCAGCAGUGCUCAGGCCUUACUCUUGGCUCUGCACUCAGGAAUCACUCCUGGCAAGCUCCAGGGACCAUUUAGGAUGCCAGGGAUUGGGUAAGCUCCCUACCCACUGUACUAUCUCUCCAGCUCCUCUGCAAAGAGCUUACUAGGAGCCCUCUCUGCUGUACCUGUGUCAGAAGCCAGCGCCUCAAGUGGGCUCAACCUCUCAGCCUUGGGACUGCAGAGGUCGGGGGGUUGACUUCCUCAGUGGGCACAGAGCUUCCUCGGUUGGUCGUGGCUCCUGACACAGGUCCAGCAGGAGCUCACCCUGGAGGGGACAGAGAGUGGCAGCAAAGUGCCCAACCAGCUGCAGGGGUGGGGUGAGGAGAGCAGCUGUGCCUGGAAUAAAGGGGAUCCAAUAAUACACCCAUCCACCCGCCUGCCCUCCUCCUCUGAUGGCAGCUCAUGGCCCUCCAGAGUAGAGGGAUCAGCAGAAGAUCAAAUCAUCCGCAUUUGAAAGCUAGGCCCCACACCUUGGCUAGAAAGCAGGGGCCUUGUCAUGAUAGCCAAUCUGGAGUAACUUUUCUCUCAGCCAGCACCCUAAUUUUCUUCAGCAUUACCAGUUCAUCAUUAUUAUUUACUGGCUUUUUUAUGUGUGUGGCCUGUACCCCACCCCCCACCCCCACACAUACACAAACAUUCUCACAAGACUAAGAAGCCUCUGACAACAGGACCAUCUUGUCCUUCUUUUCUCACUGUUCCUCCAACAUGAGCCCCACAGUUGGUGCAUGAGAGUCGGAUGCCACGUCUGCUUCUCGGGCCAGCGCUGUUCCCACAGCUUGGCUCUUGCUCAGCGUGUGGGCCCCUUCAGACAGGAGAGGUUCAGGGAGCGGGCCUUGCUGGGUGGCUUUCUUGGGGAAAAGAGCUUUAAGAAUGUAGAUAAAGAAACUUAAAUUGAUUGAGUCUUACUUCUCUCACCCUAUAAUACUAGUUAGACACCCAAAGCAUGGGCAUGGCCUCUCGGGGGCCAGAGCCCUUUCCUACCCUUUCCACUAGGGCUUGGUCCUUUGGACAGACCUUCAGGAUGUCGCAGCCCUGACAACAGAGGUUUGUCUACAUGGUUGAGUCGCCUCUUGUGCUCCAGCUACCUGUCUUGAGAACACACCUAGAGUAGCUGCUCACUUCCCAGGACAAAUAGAUCUGAACUCAGCCCAGCAGAACUGGGAAUCCAGAGCACAGCUGUCCUGUCAAACCCAGCCCAGACCAACUCACCUCCAGGGAGAGCCUCAGAGAAGAGUUCAGUGCAAAAGGGAGUGGAAAUGGGAGGUACACUAGAUAGACAUUUGCAGAGAGCGUUCAAGUGCUUAGCUAACUGCUGACAACGUGCGUAAGGGAAGUCAAGGAAGAUUCCACUGGAAAACAGUAAGGUUAAUAAAGCCCAAAGAGACGCAGUUCCAGCAGCCAGCGCAGGGAAACCACCGUGUAGAGCACACAGAAAGGUGGUGUCUCCGCAAGGCUGCUCCAGUCCUGCCUAAGCACACCCUUCACGUGAGCCUCGCAAGAAUCGAGUUGUUUCCACUAAGUUUCCAAGAAACUUCACUGAGUCCCAGGACAAAGUUCAAAAAUAUUUAAAGAGAUCCGAGAGUGGGGAAUGUCCAGCAGCCAACCAUGUAGCAUGCACAGUCACUGGCACGAAAAGACGUGAGAAAAUAUGCCCCACAGGAGAAGGACCAGACAACAGAGGCAGAGCCAGCACCGACAGCAAUGGGAAAGCAGCUGGCUGCCGCUUAGUGCCGUGAGAGUGUAUCUCAAAUCCAGGAGGAAGAGGGGUUGGGAUGCAGCUCACAGGCGUGCGAUUGUCUUUAAUGCGUGAUGCUCUGGGUUUGGUCCUCAGCACCGCACACAGAGUAUCAUACGACUAUUAAAAAUGUUCAGGGUCAGGAAUAUUGCUCAGCAGAGGAGCAUCUGCCUUGCAUGUUUGCAGUUUGGAUCUGACCCCAGCACUAAAGAAAAAAAGAAAAGUGGGAGAGGAGAGAGCUGGCCAGGAAGAUGGCUCGGAGGGCUGGAACACAGCUCACGUCCAGGAGCUCGGCUUCUGGCCCCAUACUGUCCGGCUCCCCCAGAGCACCAAACUGGGAAUAGCUCUGGGUGCUGCUAAGUACGCACUUUCCCAGACAUAUGUCACAUGCCCACCCACACACACUGCCAGAGUUGCCCUCACACCCUCCAGCACCGCCAGCCAUGAGCAACACCACAUUUCUGGGCUCAAGCACUGAGCCAUCCAGCCUUGCCAGCGUACGCCUGAAAACAGCCACCAGGUCUCCCUGGGAACUGCUUUCCAAGAAAUAUAGGCAGAAAAAUGCUGCUUGUCAUUUUUGUUUUGUUAGUUUUGCUGCCACACCCAGUGAGCCUCGGGGCUUUUUCCUGACCCUGUGCCCAGGGAUCACCUCUGCCAGGGCCCAGGAGAGCAUGUGUAGAAUCAGGGAGAACCCAGGCCAGCCACUCAGAAAGCAAGCAUCUUAACUCUUGAACUAUCUUUCUGGCUUCUUUGUCCUUUUGACUGUGAACACGAUUCCUUCAUCUGGUUAUUCCUCUUGUAAGGAAGUGUCAUUUGCUGUGCUCAGCUCUGAUGAGUGGAAGGGAACUGAGGCAGGGAAAGCUCCAGUCCUCUGGGAGCUUAGAUUUUACUCUGGGAACCAAACAAUCACAACUAAGAGAAGCUGAGCUAGAAAUAUUGAGUGGGAGGGGGCUGGGCUGGGUCCCUAAGCAAGGUUGAUACAAGCGUAAGCAGAGGGGUGGGCUACGGAUUUCUGAAAGGCAGAAGUGGGGGCUUGGUACUAGAAUGGUGAUUCAGGGGUUCAGUGAGAGGAGGCGUGGGGCUGAACAGCCAACUAGGAACAGAGUCUGGCAGAUAGGGGUUUACGGUGAUGGGAGCCAUGCAAGAUGCUGAGAGGACAGAGCGUCCUGGUGUCUUGGGGACACCUAGGGCACCAGGCAGAGCAGUCAUGGAAGGUGGCUCUGAACGUCGCAAGUGCAUGUGUGAAAUGUGAGAGGCAAAGUAGUAUCACCUUGCAUACAGAUUCUUGUGUUAAUUCCUAGGUACCUGAUGUUUUUGAACAUUAUUUUAUCUUCAAUGCAUGUAACAAAAAAAUUAUUCAACCUCAGUAACGUUCAGGCAAACAACAUUUUAAACAAUAUUCAUCAGAUUGUUAAAUAUUAAAACAAUGAUAUCAAGAGUUUAUGAGGGUGUGAAGAAUGUGAUAUUUUUAUGAAUUUUAAAAUGUUAAAUGAUUUUAAAUUGCAACACAUUCUAAUAAAUAAAGAAAUA